GUCGUGCUUGAUGGUCACAUUUAUUUCAUCUGUCAUGCAAAACAGCGGUGACUUUCCCAGUAAUAACUGUGACUGAGCCGGGUUGGAAGAGCCUCUCUCUCUCAGCGCUCUUCUCUCUCAACCUGCAGGAUCUCCCCACUCAGACUAUGACUGGUGUGAUUUGGCCUGGGCAUCAACCAUUUCCAACUGUGUGAAGAAAAGCAAAAAAGAAGUUUUAAUGAAUCAGUAUUCGCUAGCCGACGCCAUGACAGACAACUUGAGGAUUUUAUAAUUCUCUCCGGAGGAAGAGCGUCGCAUCUUGUAAGGAGCCACAGAGGAAACUUCACAGUUCCGAAGUUAUCUGAGCCUAAUAUGGGAUUUGGCGUGCUGGGAGUGUUUCUGGGGCUGCUCCUGGAGGUUUCCACCCAUGGACCCCAUGCUGUGCCUAGAACCUCCUGGAGACACCAAGAUUUAGAUCUGAUGGAGUUUUCGGAGCCUGAGAUCUUCAACUACACCACGUUGCUGCUGAGCGAUAAAAAGGAUGCACUGUAUGUAGGAGCCAGGGAGGCCAUUUUUGAGCUCAGCAAGACGAAUGUCACAGUCCGACACAACCAGGUUAUGUGGCCAGUUUCGGAAGUACCCGCGCAUAUGUGCAAGAUUAAAGGAAAAUCAUUAGAGCGGGACUGUCUAAACUACAUUCGAGUGCUCCAAUUCGUAGAUGAUGAACGGCUCUAUGUCUGCGGCACACACGCUUUUCAACCUCAGUGUGACCACUUGAACCUCGCUGACUUCUCGUUGGACAGUCAACCUGAAGAUGGCAGGGGAAAGUGCUCCUUCGACCCCGCACAAAGCUUCACUACUGUCAUGGUUGAUGGAGAGCUGUACUCGGGGACAGCUUAUAACUUCUUAGGGAGUGAACCAAUUAUUUCCAGAUACUCUGCAUCCCAGUCCCUGCUGAGAACAGAGUACUCCACAUCAUGGCUCAAUGAGCCCAGUUUUGUUUUUGCCGACGUGAUCAGGGGAGAAGAGCGAAACCGAGUAGAUGGUGAGGAUGAUAAAAUCUACUACUUCUUCACUGAGGUGUCAGUGGAGUACGAAUUCUUUGGCAAGCUGCUCAUCCCCAGGGUGGCACGUGUCUGUAAGGGUGACCUCGGGGGGCAGCGCACUCUGCAGAAGAAAUGGACCUCCUUCCUGAAAGCCAAGCUGGUGUGCUCCGUGCCUGAGCUCAACUUUGUCUUUAACGUAGUUCAUGAUGUCUUCAUCCUGAAGGGGGCAGACUGGAGGGACACCGUUAUCUACGGGGUCUUCACCUCGCAGUGGGGUAAUGUGGGUUUGUCAGCAGUGUGUGCUUACAACAUGACAGCUGUGGAAGAGGUCUUCUCCAAGGGCAAGUACAUGCAGAAGGCCACAGUGGAGCAGUCUCACACCAAGUGGGUCCGGUAUAACGGCAUCACUCCUUCUCCACGUCCUGGAGCAUGUAUUAACAACCUGAUGCGACGGCAGAACAUUAGCAGCUCUCUCCACCUGCCAGACAAGACCCUUCAGUUUGUUAAGGACCACCCCCUGCUGGAGGAUCCCGUCCUGCCCAUCGGCAACGGGCCUCGCCUCAUUACCAAAGAUGUCAACUACACUCAGAUAGUUGUGGAGAGGGUCCGUGCACUCAAUAACAACAUCUAUGAUGUCAUCUUCACUGGAACUGAUAAGGGAGUGCUGCACAAGUCAGUGGUGUUUGAAGGGGAUGUCCAUAUUGUGGAGGAGAUUCAGCUCCUGAAGAACUCUGAGUCCAUCAAGAACUUACUGCUGUCCUCAGAGACAAGAUCCCUGUAUGCUGGUUCAGACUCGGGUGUAGUCCAGUCGCCCACAGCCUUCUGUGGCAGGUAUCAGUCCUGCGACGACUGUGUCUUGACUAGAGACCCGUACUGCGCCUGGGACCCUCACACGGCUGCCUGUGUCAAUAUCUUUGAGGCUCCAAGCCAGCGGCAUAGGAAGCUAAUCCAGAGCCUGAAUGGUGAUGCAGACAAGUGUCCUUCAGUGUCGGGUCGGUCUCUGAAGGACUACCACAGUGUGAAAGUGAAACCAGGAAGCUCUGCUGAGCUGCCUUGUCUGGUGAAGUCCAACCUAGCCCAGGUGAUGUGGAAAUCCAACGGCUCGGCGCUCACUGAGGCUUCUCGCUUCCACCUCAUAGGCGAAAAUGGUCUCCUUAUUUACAGCGUGGCUCCAGAGGAUCAAGGUCACUAUGAGUGCUGGUCAGUGGAAUGGGCGCCAGCUGCUGGAAAGAACUUCAGCCGCCUCCUGGCUGCAUACGUCCUGACUCUGGAUCUCCCGCCCAGACCCCCACAACAGGCAGGCCACGUGACCACCACCCUCGGCACCCAGGAAACAUCUGGCACGCAUGCAGCUGAAGGUAAUGGUAAGACAGACAGAGCCACACUAACUUCGGCCUUUGCCUCUCCCAGCUUCACAGCUAUAGUCCAGUUCACCUCCCCACCCCAAACUGACUCAUCACUAACCCCGCCUCCCAGCAGCACAAUCAAGUUCCAGCAGCAUCUUCCCCCGAGCUCCAACGCUCCCCGCCCAGACAGCCGGGACCCAGCGGCUGAAUAUUUGCAGCAAAACAACAGCAUUGCCCUCCUCUUCCUCUUCCUCCUGUUUUUCCUGCUCUUCCUGGCUGCAUUGGUGUACAACUGCUACAUGCAGUAUCUUCCGGCUCCCUGCCUGCGGCUGCGAGCUGCUCUGUUGGGCAGUCACAAGAGCGCCCAUCAGCCCGAGUACCGGGCCUGUGAAGCAGGACUAAUGGAAGCAUCUGCUACUGACAAAAUUAACAUGACUGAGCAGCCUACGCAGAAUGGCAGCCAAACCACUCAAAACCUCCGGGCACUCCGUGACACUGGCUAUGAGACUGAGCCGGAGUGUGGCAAUGGUCUGAUCCCCUCUCACUGUUCUGGAGACGACAGCCCAUCCCAGGAGAAACCCUUCGAUGUGGACUGCGUAUCUCAGCCCAUCCAGUUUGCUGAUGCAGAUGAACUUUGCUGAUGGCGAGAAGCCUUUUGAUCUGCUUUUGUUCCCCUUAGUAGAGAGACUAUUUUAUAGGGGGGGGGGGGGGGGCGGUCACGCUCUUGCUGCAUCUUCUUACUACUUCUUACAAGGCUGAAGUCAGGUGUCCCACUUGCCUGUAGAGAUGUAACUCCUGCUGUAUGAUUUAGUUCCUAUGAUGAUAAACAAAAACUGUAUUCACAGAAGCUGCACCCUCUCGGCUUAGUCCAGCGAGAAAAGCUAUUUUGUUAAAUUCCAAAUUGGAAACAUUGUUUACCAAAUUGGUAAGAUACUUUAAUGUUUUCCAAAUUGGAGUCCUUUUUUUUUUUUUUUUUUUUUAUGGUACAGCCUGGUGGAAAUAUAAUCUCUUGAAGCUUUCACUUUUUUUCCUGAAGCAAUGUGUAGGAUAUUGGACUUGGCUAAAUGCUUCAAUAUUACAGUAAUUUCUCAGGGAAGAUUUGCUCUGCAGUUUAUAGCCUGGCUUUGUUGUACAGUGUUGCCAUCUGCAGCACCCGGUAUGUGGGCCUUAAUCUCACCCAGUGAGGUGGCAGUGUACGGUUUGAAGGUCGGAAAAGAAGAGAACCAAGUGGACAAGCGACGACUUGCAUAUUAAAAAAAAGGCUGGAAUAAAUCAAGCCACUGUCUCGUGUAGCGUUGUCGUGAAUGACAGUGUUGUUUCUCUGUAUUUUAUUUUUCCCUCCCUGUGAAGUCGACGUUCUUACAUGAAUACAACGCUGAUGCUCCUGUGUAUUAACCUUUUUACUAGUCAUUUCCCUUAUGUGAUCUGUUGACAACAUAAAUAUGUUCAGAAUGACUCGAUGCAUGAUAAUAUCAAUCAUCACUUUUUCUUUUUCUAAAACAGCCCUGGAAACAAUCUGAAGUUUUUUUGGGUUUUUUUUAAUGAAGCCUUUCGUUUUAGAGAAUUAUUAGAGAAUUAUUAUUUAAGAUGAGUCACAUCUGUUGACUAUUGUGCAAGCAGUUGUGUAUCUUCCUUCAUUUGUUUUUAUUUUAUUAUUUAUUGCAGCAGGUUUUAGA